AUGGCCGCCUACAUCAUUGCGACGAUUGAAGUUACCGACCCCGAGAAGUUUGAGGUCUACCGCGGGCAGGUCCCCGCCACUAUCGAAAACCACGGCGGCCGUUACCUGGCCCGUGGCGGCGAGGUGACAGUGGUCGAGGGCGACCAGCCCACUCGCCGCACCGUCAUUCUGGAAUUCGACAGCCUCGAAAAGGCCAACGGCUGGUACUACUCCGAUGACUACGCCGGCCCCAAGGAACUGCGGAUCGCCUCCACCAUCUCCAAUGUGACGAUCGUGGAAGGGGUCUGA